GAUGGGACUAGGCUGUCAUGGCUCCGAACACAAACACAAACGCAUGAUGUUUGUCGAAUUUUAUUACUAAAAGUAAAAGUUAAGAAACUUUGAAUGCGUUUGUCAGACUGUACAUUAUUUUGCAUGAAACUGUACACGUUCAAGAAAGAUCAUGUCCGGUGGAAACAAAGCUCUCGAACUGCAGCUUCAGAUGCGCCAAAAUGCAGAAGAUCUUCAUAGUUUUAUGCGGGAGUUGGAUACCUGGGAAGAAGACAUUAAGAAGAAGGAUGAGGAGCUCCGUACAGGAGAAGUACAAGGGGGAGAGAAGAAUCUCCCACCUAUCCGCAACAAAGACUACAAGGCAAAGAUGAGAGAAAAGAAGAAAAAGAAACCGGCAUCUGCAAGUAAUGGCCUUGGAGGCAAUGGGGAUGAGAUGACAGGAGAGAAAAAGCAAGAAAGAAUCAAGGGAUAUGACUAUAGAUCCUGGGACAAAUUCAAUGUGGACAAGGUCUUAGAAGAAAUGGAUAAAGAGGACAGCCCAGUCGAGUCAAAUGAAUCAGACCCUGAGGAAAUUACAGUGAGUCGAGAGAAGGCCCUGGCUGAGAAAGAAAAGGGCAACAUGUUUUUUAAAGAGGCCAAAUAUGAUGAUGCCAUUGAGUGUUACACCAGAGGAAUGGCUGCAGACCCUUACAACCCUGUGCUUCCAACAAACAGAGCUACAGCCUUCUUUAGACUCAAAAAAUAUGCUGUGGCUGAAUCUGACUGUAAUUUAGCAAUUGUAUUAGACAGCAAGUAUGUGAAAGCAUUUUUGCGAAGAGGAGCCGCACGUUAUGCUCAAAAUAAAUAUGAACCUGCAUUAGAAGAUUAUGAAAAUGUUCUCAAACUUGAUCCGGAAAACACAGAGGCACAGAAUGAAGUGAAGAAAAUUAAGGAGGUCAUUGGUUCCCAUACAGCUCAUCACACAGAAGAAGCUGUACCAAUUAAGGAAGUCCCAAAAGUGGACCCUGAACAACAAAAGCAAAUGGAGGAACAGCAAAGAAAACAGGAGGCAGUAUUACAAAAAGACAGGGGAAAUGCUUAUUUUAAAGAGGGAAAGUAUGAAGCAGCCGUAGAGUGCUAUGGCAGAGGGAUGGAGGCUGACAGUUUGAAUGUUCUUUUGCCAGCGAACAGAGCAAUGGCCUACCUUAAACUUGAGAGAUUUAAGGAGGCAGAGGAAGACUGCACUAAGGCCAUUUCUCUGGACAACACAUACUCUAAAGCCUUUGCUCGUCGAGCCACAGCCAGAGUGUCAUUAGGGAAACUGGAAGAGGCCAAAAAAGAUUUCGAAGAGGUUUUGAAACUUGAACCUGGGAACAAGCAGGCUUUGAAUGAGCUUCAGAAAAUACAGGAUGUUACCAGUGGAUGUCUUCAGUCCGACUGCACACAAAGAAGAACAGUCCAACCAAUAGAAAAACCCAAACAUUUGCAGUCCACGAAACCCCUCAGGCGAAUUGACAUAGAAGAAAUCACUGGAAAAGUAUUGGUGCCUGAUAUACCAGUGAAUAAGUUCCAGGAUGCAGUGAAUAAGGUUCAAGAGGACACAUCUCCACUGUCAACAUCACCAAGUGCCAAGAUGAUUAAAAUUGAAGAAAUAGCAGAUUUUUCAGCAAGCCAAUCAGGACCAUAUACACAAACAGAAAAGCCUUCACUUAGAAUUAAUGCUUCUGCUCCUGAUACAUCAGUCCAAACACCAUUGCAAGUCGUGGACAUACCCCCUCCUCCACCAAACAGUUUUCAAUUUGAAGCAGAUCUGCGCAAGAUUGGAUCUCAACCUGAAAUCUUCUACUCAUAUUUGAAGCAAAUUAAACCAGAGGCAUACUCAAAGAUAUUCCACAAUUCGCUUGAACCAAAUGUUCUUAACCAGAUCCUAAAGACACUGCAUAGUUUUUACUUAAAGAAUGAAACACCAGCUCUAACCUUUGAAAUCCUCCAGAACAUAGCCAGUGUGAGACGCUUUGAUAUGGUAGUCAUGUUUAUGUCAUCUUCAGAGAAAAAAGUGUUAUCAGAACUGUUUGAUUUUCUCCACCAAAGUGAAGUUGAGGGAUCGUCCGUUACAUCUUUACAGAAGAAGUAUGGUGUAUGAUGGUGAAACUGUGAACUGUGAAUGGUGAAUUUCUUACAGUGAACAAUGUCUUAUUCAAAAUGUGAGUUGUUUUUUAAUGGCAAUUAUUCUGGGAUUGUUGAGUAUAACUGUGUAUUGCUGACAUAGGCCUACAGGUAAGAGCUUA